AUGAACAUAUACGGACAGUAUUUUGACCUAACAAUGGACUUUUCAUUUUCUUUUAAAAGAAUUGGAACAGUCUUUCUAUGGUUAACAUUUUUGGCUUCAAAGUUCUCUAAAUCGCAUUUUUGCCCGGAAAAUAUUUGUAAGCUUUGCUGUAAACCCACUCAAAGCGGUUGUGUGAACGGGUUCGUCCAAAACUACAAUCAAGCCCUAACUAGUGUUAGUUUGGCGUGCCAGGACUGUAAUUGCUCAAACCCACAAAUAGGAUGCGGUUGGGCUGGUAGAAGGUUCAAAAGAGUGGAAUGUAAUUCCUGUAGUACUUUAAACUCUCUUAUUGAAAUAAACCCCGAAUUACCGGUGGCUGGAUGCGGAAAAUCAAUAAUUGACGGAGCAUUGGUUUAUACAUCCUAG